GAAGAAGACAACAAAGUAGCCUAACUGUUCUGUUGUAGCCGACCACAUUUCAUGUCUUACAAAGAAACAAUAGCUUCCACAAUGAAUCGGGACAACGCUAGCCCGUUCCCCUGCACCCUCCCGGAGUCCCCGUGUCAAACGCCUCCCAGUUCCGCUUUACUGCGGGGCCUGGUCGACUGCAGGAAAACACCGGGGCAGAGUGGAACUGAGACAGGAGAAAAGAAGGAAGAUGGAGAAUUGAUUUCAUUAAGGGACAUCCCUAAUCGUUGCUCUCUAAGUGGGAGGGGCUUAUCAUCUGGGGAGCCUCAACAACAUUAUGAUGCUGACAAGAAAGAGAAGAGUCUCUCCAGAUCAGAACACCUCAAACACCAGCAUAGAGGUACAGGGAAGAAACCUCACCACUGCUCUGACUGUGGGAAGAGUUUUGCUAAACAAGACUUGAAAAUUCAUGUGCAAAUUCACACUCUAGAGCAUGCAUCUAAUACCUUAAAAUCUCAGAGAAUUCAUUCAGGGGAGGGGCCUUAUACCUGCUUUGAUUGUGGGAAAUACUUAAAUCAGUCAGGAGCCCAGACUAAACACAAACACACAGGAGAGAAGCCUUAUAGCUGUAAUCAGUGUGGGAAGACCUUCAAUCACUCAGGAUCCCUGAUUAUACACCAACGCAUACACACAGGAGAGAAGCCUUAUAGCUGUGAUCAGUGUGGGAAGAGUUUCAAUCAUUCAGGAGCGCUGACCACACACCAACGCAUACACACAGGAGAGAAGCCUUAUAGCUGUGAUCAGUGUGGGAAGAGCUUCAAUUAUUCAGGAAACUUGACUGCACACCAACGCAUACACACAGGAGAGAAACCUUAUAGCUGUGAUCAGUGUGGGAAGAGCUUCAGUCGAUCAGGAGACCUGAUUACACACCAACGCAUACACACAGGAGAGAAGCCUUAUAGCUGUCAUCAGUGAGGGAAGAGUUUUGCUUUAGAUUUCGCCCUGACUAUACACCAGCUCUCACACACAGGAGAGAAACCUUAUUCCUGUCUAUGUGGAAAGAGCUUUGCUCAUUCAGGGUCACUGAAAAAACACAAUGCAGCACAAACAUGUUUCCUUUUAUCUCCCUCCUGUCAGGCACCGGUUCCAGAUCCCUAAAUAAAGUUUAAAUAGAAAACAUCUUGUAAAGAGUUAUUAUCUCCCAUUCUCUAAGUCUGAUUACCAUGGUAACCUGUGUUGCUAAUAUGCAGCUCUGGAUCCAUAUGUAUCAAGCGUCUUGGAGUAGGAGUCCUGUGUGUGGGGGGGGUUUUCAGAGCUGUAUGUUAUUUCAUUAACUCCUGUUAUCCAUUAAAUAAUGUAGGAUAAUGCUUCAACAAUGGUAGGUGUAUAUUCAUGUGUGGGGGAAAUGUUGUCUGAAGACAGAGUCUUGAAUUGUACUUGUCUCAUACAGUCAUUGGUUCCUGUAGGUAGAGAUAUGAGGGGAGACGGUCAUGACCCCCUCAGACCUUUUGGCAGAACGCUCAGAAUAUGUUCUAUAUGUUAAGAUCGGAGACGGUUCAAGUCACAUGCAGUUCCAGUCACAUGCAGUUCCAGUCACAUGCAGUUCCAGUCACAUGCAGUUCCAGUCACAUGCAGUUCCAGUCACAUGCAGUUCCAGUCACAUGCAGGAUCCAAACGUUAAUGAUGAAUUAGUUAUGAAUAAUGUAAAUCAUGCAAAUAUAACUUGUCUGUGUAAGCAGUAUUUUAGGGAACUAAAGACUACCCUGAAAGAGCUCCAGAUCGAUGUUUACUCUGGUGCAUUAAGCUUGUUGGAACCUCUCCAGCUGGCUGAUAAUAAAUAAUUAUUAAUUGAAGUUUCACUGAGUCCCAGUUAGUAAUUUUCAGAACACAUGUCUUCAAUACAAAAAUACAUUAAAUCUAUUGUCUUAUGUGAAGGAGAUGUCGCACUGCACGAGGCAAAUGGUGGUCACACCAGAUACUGACUACCUUUUUUUUUUAAGGUAUC